AUGAAUCUCUUGAAGACUUUUUCACUGUUUCUGCUACUUGGAUUAGCAGUUUCCGCUCCAGCACCUGACAAAAGCGAGGAAAGCAAAGAGAGUAAAGAAAGUUUAGAAAGCAAUGAAAGCAAAGAUAGUGGUGAAUAUGACCAAUCUACUAUUACUAAAAAAAUUUACUACGAUUCUCCUGUUGUGUAUAAAGGUAAACAUGAAAUUGUAAAUAUCAUUGUUCCCCUAAAUUCACUGAACUUUGAUGAUGAAUACGAAGGCGACGACACAAGCAUCGACCGCAACACUAUUUUAUUCUUCGUCGAAUCUGAUGAAGAUGGAGCUGGCAAUAGAAUUGAUAAAGGUCUUUAUGUCCUCAAAGACGGUAAAGCUAAGAAAUUAUUAGAUAACGGACGAGACGCCGCUGCUUCUUUUGACAAUAGCAAAGACGUGUUUUUCAGUGCAAAAGACGGAAUUUAUAAAUAUGACCCGAAGGAAAACAUAGCCGUAAAAUACGGUACAGUAACAGACAGUAUUAUUGGCAUCGCUAAAGAAAACGCCACAGAUGUUAUUUACAUUUUAACUGAAGAUCACAAUCUGUACAAAGUUACUGAAGAUGGUCAAAAAAAAGUCAAAAUGGAUGACGUUGUAGGUGCUCGAGAAAUUAUUUUGGAUUACUCUAACAAUUUAUAUUUCUAUGAUGAAAAUAAGCAACCUUAUUUUGUAAAUGAUGACGGAGUGAAGAAAAUAGUAGGUUUACCUAAAAAUCCGACUUCUGUCAGACUUAUUAGGCCACCUUUUGCUAUUGAUAAUGGCGCACUUUUCAUUUCUGAUAACGUUGCAUAUCUUAUUUAUCCAAAUGGAACAAGCGAAAGGACUAAUUUCAAUUUCAAAUCGAACGCUAAACCAUCAGCUUUUGGUCUGGAGACGACGACAAUUCAUUACUACGCUUACCAUAAGAAAAUUUACGAAUACAACGUUCUUUCUCGCGUCCCAUCAGGAUCUACUAUUCAAUCAACGGCGACGCGAUCCAGGAGUUCCUUGAAGGCUCAUUCGAGUCAUUUUAUGCAUUCUUAG